CACACCCUCCAUUCAUUCGUCAACAGUACCUGGGCUGGGUGAAACCGAUAAGGAAACAGCCCUCUGCCUGACUGGCCAGGUUUGUCCUGUACCGAGAAGGCCCAGGAAAUAGAGAGAGUGACAGAAAAACUGACUGAUAUGUCCACUCAUGCUGACCAGCAGCAGCUUUUCAGGGCAUUUUUUCUGCUCAUGUCAGUGACAUCUGUUUCUGCAGGACUGUUCUGCCGAACACUAAGCCUUUCUGCUUAACUCCACCAACCUGUUCAACCCACUAAAGCAUUUCACGUACUAUUGCAACUACUUUAGAACUGAGUCAUCUGUGGAAGCCAGAGCUGGAACCUGAGGAACAUGCUCAGCCUGAUCAAACUGCCCCGCGUCUUCAACGUCCACCAAGUUCCCAAAGCCUUCCAGGAGGACAGUAUUAUCUCUGGCUAUCGUCACCCUCGCAGCUCAGCCAUCGACUGUGUCCUAAGCCUUUUCCAGCUCACCAAUGAAACUCUUAAUGUUUGGACACACUUCCUACCAACCUGGUAUUUUCUGUGGAACUUGAUGACAGUGGUUUUUAUGCAGGAUGUGUGGAACGAUACAUAUACGUGGCCGCUGCUGGUCUUCCUGCUGUCCUGCUGUGUGUAUCCGCUGGCAUCCAGCUGUGCUCAUACAUUCAGCACCAUGUCCACUCGCGCCCGCCACAUCUGCUUCUUCUUUGACUAUGGAGCUCUCAGUUUUUACAGCCUGGGUUCAGCUAUCACCUACUCUGCGUACGUUAUGCCGGAUGCCUGGUUGAACGGCAUGUUUCACGCAUGUUAUGUCCCCAUCGCUGUAUUCAACACUAUCAUCUGCACCGCCAUGGCCUGCUAUUCCAGGCUUGGCUUACCAUUUCUCCACUAUAACCAUGACAUCACAGAAAGAUUUCCUGAGAGCCAGAAGCCCAAGCUGGGCAAGGUGUUGCGCAUUUCAGCCUUCACCUACCCUUACCUGUUCGACAACAUUCCUCUCUUCUACAGAAUAUUUCUGUGUGUGGGAGAAGGCUGCACUGUGAAUGAAGCGAACUCUCUCCACAUUUACCACACACUGCUGGCAUUCCUGACGGGCUUCCUGUUCGCCACACACCUCCCUGAGAGGCUCGCACCUGGACGAUUCGACUACAUUGGCCACAGCCACCAGCUGUUCCACGUGUGUGGGAUCAUUGGCACGCACUUCCAAAUGAAGGCAAUAGAGAUGGACAUGGCUCUGAGACGGCCAUGGCUGCAGGCCCAUGCUCCAGCCGUGACCUUCGGCAGUACUCUGGGGGCCGCAUUGCUCUGCCUUGUCUUCAGCCUGGGGAUCAUCUACCUCUUCAGCCGUCCUCUCCUCCACAGCCCUAUCCCCAGCAAAGCUUCCAGCCCGGCAAGCAAGAACUGCAGGCACUAACAAUUGUGUGGGGCUCCUUAAGACUCAGACCAGGUCCUACAGAGAGCCGAGAGGAGAAUAGUGUUCAGUGGUUUUAGUUCAAAAUGUUCCAUUCACUAACAUAAUUCUCCAGGGCUUUGAGGAGUUACUGAGAGUUAAUCAGGUAGUAUUAAACACCUACUGGUCACUUUAUCAGAUACACCUACUAUAUUGUUACUCCUGUAUGUAUUCAGUGGUCAGUUUUUGACAAGGUCCAUAUUUUUGGUGGAUGGACUAUUCUCACUCGUAUCAGUGCAACACACACUAGCAUGUUAAUAUCACAUAAUGUGCUGUGCUGAGAAUGGCCCCCUCCCUAAAUAAUAUCUGGUUAUAGUUAUAGACCUUUUCUGUGAGGUUAAGGGGACUGAUAACUCAUUUCUGUGAAGGUGUUUCUGAUAAAAUGGCCAAUAAGUGUACCUAACUGGCAACUCUGUAUCUACAGUACUGGGCAAACGUCAAAGACCAAAAUAAUCAUUCUUUUUUCAGCAUAAGGAAAAAAGCAGAAACAUAUAUUUAACAGAAAUUUACACAGAAGCCUUUAUUAUAGCUGCCAUUUUUUUUCGGGAGACUUGCUUUCAGGUGGGCAGC